AUGGAUGUGUCAAAUGACUUCCCUGGACUUGAUAAUGAAGCAAGUCUUAUGAAUCUCAGUCCCACUUGCUUUAUUGCUCCUAAGGCAACUGGAAUAGUUUCGUUGAUUCUACAAUUUGCACUACUUAUUACCAGCGUUCUAGUGGUAUUAUUCUUUUUCUACCACGUCGGUGGAUAUGAAUAUAUGAGUUGGAACGAGAACUCCACGAUACUGGAACCAAUUCCACAUUCGAAACCACUCGACAGCUCAGCUACUCUGGCUGUAGAACUUCUACAACCUAAGGAGGUCCCGAAUGUAGGAACAAUCAACGCCACUCAUGUUCAAGACGACACACUAACAAAGUCACCUAAUUCCAAGCUCGAGUUUACAACCAAUACGAGUACCUUCCUCAAUAUUGAGCAAGUGCCAAAUACAACCGUGUACUUGAAAUUUAUGGAUGCAAUACUUGACAUGCUCGAGCUUAUACGCAUAUCUACUCUCGUAUAUGUCGGUAUCUGUGUAUUAUGGCUGGUGUCUAUUGCUUUUCUACUACUUUCUAUUAAAUAUGAAGUGUUGGACAUGGUUUCGCUUAAUGCUGUAUUCCUAACAGUGGCAACAAUGUACGCUUUUGCACAUGCUCUAUUUAUUGCUGUGCUGCUAUACUAUCAGCGUGACCUACCAUGGCGAACGAUGGCCAUUGUGAUCGGUUCAGCAGUCAUUCUUACCUUUACAGCAAUUCUAGGAGCCGUGGCACUAGCUCUAGUGAUUGGCUGGUAUAGAUACAUCGUUUAUAUGAACGACACUGACAAGUGCUACUGCUUGCACUUCGUUGUCAAUCGAAUCAAACGAAUUAAACGAACUCCUCAGCAAGUCGAACAGGAAUAUGCAAUACCAAAUGCCACAAGACAGAAUGAUUUACCAUAUAUGAAUGAUCAACCAGUAAACAACUUCACCACUUUUUAA